CUCGCCCUGGAACAAUGGGAGACACGGCCGCCGCUGCAGACACAAGGACAGGCCCGGCGUAGAGGAAACCGGCUUUGGAAAGUGACCGGGGGGGAUUUUCUCCUCCUCCGCAGCCGGGGAGCAGACAUGUAAAGCCGAGGCUUCUGGUUCCGGCUUCUUCCUGGUGCCUUUUCGCUUUUCAGAUGCUCUGACUGGAUGACAGCAAGCUCUGAGGCGUCGUCGUCGGGGGGACAGAGGAGCUUGACGGGAAAAUCAUAACGGGAGCUCAACCCACAGAUGAGAACAAUGUCGGAUGAGGCAGAACAGAGAACGUGUGAUGAGGAUUUUGGUUCCGAGGAAGAGGAGGGCGAGGAAGGAGACGUGGAGUCCUACCUGGAGGACAACAGCAGCGAGCUCAUGGACCGACUCCGAGAGCUGGAGGCGGAGAACUCUGCUCUGAUGUUGGCGAAUGAGAGCCAGAGGGAAGCUUAUGAACGUUGCUUAGACGAGGUGGCCAAUCAUGUGGUCCAAGCUCUGCUUAAUCAGAAGGAUCUGAGGGAGGAGUGCAUCAAGCUGAAGAUGUUGGUGUUUGACCUGGAGAGACAGAACCGAGCGCUCUGUGAGCUCUUCCAGCAGAAGCUGCCCAACCAUCCCACCACUCAUUACCAGGUCCAGGCGGGACCCCUCCCAGACUACAAUGCACAGCUGCACAAUGACUCGGCCAAACAGGUGGAGCCGGCCCAGACUGAAGCACAAGCCAAGGGAAAUGGCUUCCGCACACAACAUGCCUCCCCGGGCCCUCGUGGCCCCGCCGCCUCCAUGGAGGCCCUGUCUCCAUUCUUCAAGAAGAAAGCGCACAUCCUGGAAGUCCUGCGCAAAAUGGAGGAGACAGACCCCCUGAAGUUCCACCCGUCCACCACAAGCUUGUCUUUCUGCGACUACAGCCAGAUGCUGAUGUCAACAGAGGCUGUUCUUGCCACCGCAGACCCCCACCCAGUCCAGUGCAAGUCCCACCACACACACUGUCACUGCUCCUGCAGCGACGCUGACGCACACCAGCACGUCAACGGCAAUGGGGCAGUGAAGUGUGAGGGAGCGAGCACAUGCUGUUUACACUGCAAAAGGAGUCCGGACAGUGCUCCAAAGCCAUGCAACCAUGUCUGUAGUCCAUCAAAAGGCAGCUCCUCCGCCCAGAGUCAUGCUCCCACAGCUGCUAUGAGCGAAUGUCACAGUAAGACCAGAGCAGGAGAGUCCAAGCAAUGUACCGUUAACAAGGUCCACCAGCAGCCAGUAGGCACCUCAGCCCACUCAGCCACAGAGACAGCUCAGAGUCUGGAGGUGGCCAGAGUGGAACAGGAUAGCUCUGAAAGUGGUGUUUCUGAGGAGCUGACUGGUUUCUGUGGCACUUCCAAUCUGCCCCGAUCUGUAGAGGAGAGCGUGCAGAUCCCUCACUGUGAUGCGGAUACAAGCAGCGGCAUUCACAACGGCUUGGGCCAUUCGUCCAGCACCGCGCUGAAUGACCCUUCAACUGUCCCCGAGAGAGACCUCACAGACCAGGAAGCUUCCUCAGUCCGAGCCGGUGCAUCCGUCAGUCCGAGCCCUUCUUGCCUCAAUGAUGUCAAAGCUGCGGCCAUCAGUUCCCCGUCCAAGCUGCUCAAGUUCCUGAAGAUCCCGUCAAUAGGGGACAAGGCCCAGCCACCAACCACGGCAGUUCGCCUGAGCCCUCAGCUCACGCGCAACUCCAGAAUCCCAUGUCGCACCAACAACUACGAGGUGUAUCACUCUCCGGUUCCUUCCCGCAGAGCCACCACCACGGAGAGGUGCAAGCAGCCCCCACCCCCACCGUCCAGGUCCGAGUCCUACCCUGCUACACACUCGGCACCGACCUCCCCUCCACAGCCUGAAGAUGUCUGCUCUCUGCCUCCUAAGGAAAUCAGCUACAGCAGUCUCUCUGCACCAAAAACCAGUGAUGGCUCAAAGUUGGAAAAUCCAUCUGCUGCCUCCAUGGGUUCUCCUAGAGCUUCCCAAAAGGUCCCCCAUUAUGAAAAUGUCUUGGAAAUGUCCGCCACCAGAGAAGAAGAGCCAACCCAGGGACAUGAGAAAAGAAGUACUAUUCCAUCUCAAGCAAAGGCAAAUGGUGGUGAGAGGAAGCUUGUUAAGUCUUUACCAGAAAGUGUCCUGAAUCCUUCUCCUCAGCGAAAGCAGUCAUCCUCAUCUACGUCGGAGUCGACGUCUGAUGAUGAAGAGGAUUCAGACAGUCCAGUAUGGGUCAACCAUCACAGUUUACCCAACGCAGCCGCCCUCAACAAAGCUCAGAGCCAAGCAAGCUACCCAAGAACAAGAGACAAACAUGAGAUGAACGUAAGGGAAGUCUCUCAGCCUCCACCGCCUCCGGUCCGAAGAAGUGACUCCUCAUCCAUCCCCAAGAGGCCUAGCUCUGGGGCGGGUAGAUCCCAGGCUGACUCUAGUCACCAUGCUUUCAAAGACAGACUGGCAGCACUUGGCAAGCUAAGGAGUUCUGAGGAUUUACAAAUCAGGCCUGUUGACGCAGUGACUGAGGGCGCCCCUGGAGAGGAGAGAAGCAAGAUGGCAGAGAGAUCCUCAGAGGUCCAUAAAGAGGAGCAGAGGCAUUCAAAGUACUCAGACUCUUUAGAUAGUAAACCUAAAAGUAGCAGUGUUGGUUUGAAGUAUCCUGGUCCAUCUCAGAUGUACGAACCGACCGGGAAAUCUCAAUCAGGUAAACAAGAACUGUGCGUGCCCAAGCCUGAGGGCUCCAAGAGCAAAAUUGGAUUACCAUCUCCCAACACAGAUGCUCCCCAGGUUCUACGCAACAACAUCAAGUGUCCUGGCUCCCUGAAUCUGGCUUACAAUGUCAAAAGUGGUCCCCAGAGUAGCAACAGUCCUAAUAAAAUCCCCCCGAAGUCGCCUUCCAAACCUUGCCAAGGUGUAUCUGUCCACCGGGGCGUGAAGCCUUCGGAAACGCCCCGUUACUCAUCGAAGUCAGAGGAGAGGACAAAAAUUAGCGGGAAAGGAAAGAAGAAUCCAAUGUAUGGAGACAGCCUCCCGCCUCCUCCUCCGAGACCCCCGACGUCUGAGGCGGAGAAGCCGUUACAGCCGGCUCCCACUCUACAAUCUGCUAUUGAGCAAAAAGUGAUGAAGGGGAUCGAGGAAAACGUCCUAAAGCUUCAGGAGCAGGACCGCGGGGGGCAGAGCAGUGAAGUCAAGCAGAAAGCCUCAAACGGCAUCGCCAGCUGGUUUGGCCUGAAGAAGAGCAAGCUGCCCGCGCUGAGCCGCAAAACAGACGCCACCAAAGCAAAAGACGAGAAGAAGGAGUGGAAGAUAAACAUCCCCUCAGUGGGCAGAGACUCCAAAAUGGCCAGUAGAUGCAAAGAAGGCGUGGAAGGUCUGAACAUCUCGACUCUGAUGGAGAAGGCUGAGGGCCUGAGGAGGGCCCUGGAGGAAGAGAGGGCCUAUGUGGAGAGGUCGGGUAGGGGCCACUCCUGUGAGGUGGUGAUGGACCAAGCUCAGGGACAGCUGGCUGUAAUGUACAGAGGGGGACGCUCUGACAACUUCAUGCAACAGCUGCUUAACAGAGUGGAUGGGAAGGAAGUGAUCAGUCUGCCGCAGCGCCGCCUCUCGUUCGACUGUAAGACCUCCAAGCCGGUUUUCACUCAGCAGACCAGCAUCAUCAGUCACACCACCAGUCAUGAAGACAUGGAGAAGGGAUCAGACAGAAUCAGCAAGAUCACAUCAGAUGAAAACCUCGCAGAUUCAGUUCACUCUCAGCACUUUGCAGGUUCCGGUGCUUCCACCUACACGCUGGACAGUGGCAUCGGCACGUUCCCUCUUCCUGACUGCAGCAGCGGAGCCGCAGGACGGGGCCCGUCCAAGGGGCGGGCGGGGGCCGAGCAUCACUCCGCCGGGUCCCCGGGCCGAUCCGGGCGGCGGGCCCGAACCCUGGACCGGGAGCUGACGUCUCAGGAGGAGUGCUUCACGUCGCACAAGCAGCUGAUUCCCACCAUCCAGUACUGCUCCAUGCUGGAGGGGAGGAGCUCCGCCGGAGUCAUACGUGAAGAUAAAGAGGCACACGGAGCAAACGUGUUCUCUCCUCGCUCCAAGACUUGGACGUUCCCCAAUCUGAAGACUCCAGCCGGACCUGCAGAGGUCUACCUGGCUGUGGAGGAAGAGGAGGAAGAGGAAGACGCAGUAACGUUCGGAUCCCCAUUCAGAGGGAACAUGAAAGCCGGCGGCCCGUCCUCCAGUCGAGUGGUGGACCCAGGCAGCCUGCCCGUCCCGACCCAGUCCGGGUUGAGCCGGAGGGGGAAGACACGCGCGCCCAGCGUCCCCGAGAUGAGCCGGGAGGCGGGGCUUGAGCUGCUCAGAGAGCGGCCAGAGGAGGCGCUCUCCCCCAGUCGCCCUCAGGUCCUGGAAACCCCCGAGUCUCUGAGCGACUCGCUGUACGACAGUCUGUCAUCCUGCGGCAGCCAAGGGUGAUGGCAGAGGGGGUCGGCGGGGGGCAGAGGCCCCAUCUGUUCACUCUGAUGCUACGACGGCAUAUUGGGGCCAUUGUAGGUGGAGAAAAUAAAAGGACUAGAGUUUUGUCUAAAAAGGUUUUUGGCUGAAAUGUACUCCUCCUUUUAUUAUUUUGUUAUCUACUCUGGCUCUGACACGCCGGCGUACUGAUGCUGCUCACCUUAAAGAAGAAAAAAAUUUGCUUUUGCUGUCGUCGGUCAGCUGUUGCAACUGGAAAAGACGGAUUGAUCUCUUCUCCUCAGGAUUUCCAAAACACGUGAAGCCAAAAUAAUUUAGGUUGCUCACUUUUUCACCAUCAGACUGAACUGUGGACACUUCUCUUGAACUGAUGUAUACAAGACUUAAAAAAAAAAUAAAAAAAUGCAUGGCCCAGCUAAAGAUCAGCACAAGAGGUUGUCACUUCUGUACGGAAGAGGAUAAGAGCCACUGAGAAAAAUAAAAUAAUUAAUUUUUUCUCAGAAUUCUAGAAUUACGACUUUGAGAAAAAGUCUAGGAUUCGGACUUUUUUUCUCUAAAUUUUAACUUUAAUCUUCAACUCUAAAAUUUUAUCUUAGGUUUUCUGUUUUCUGUGAAAGUCUAGAAUUCAGAUUUUUUCUUAGAAUUUUGACUUUUAAGCUCAAAAUUAUGAUGUUUUUCAGAAUUCUUGAAUUCUGAGAAAAGUCCAAACUUUUAUUUCUUUUUCCAGCGGCCCUAAUCGUCUUCCGUACUCCUGCUAGUCGCUCAGAACCGUUUUGUUUUUUCGUUCUCAUUCUGGUAGAAAACUCUUCAUUCAUCGUGAAAUACUGUUCUUCUUCUUGACAUCAUUUCACCGUAGAGUGUUGAGAAAAGAUUAAAAACAAAACUUGGGAGCGCCUAGAAAAUAAUAAUAAUAAAAUAAUAAUAAAAAAAAACAAAGAAUGUUCAUGUCCGUGUUCUCUGGUUGCUUCUCAUGAAUCAUCAUGUUUUAAUGUAAAGAAUAAUUUUAUUGAUCACAUUGGUAUUUGUUUUCACAGCCAGGGACGUGUCUGUUUCUGAAUCAUAAUGCAUUUUAAAGGUAAUAUAUGCCAGCAAUAAUAACAUAGACGAGAGAAAAAAAAGGCUACAUCAUCUGAUGGAAAUGUAUUUUUUAUUAUUUAUUUAUUUGAAAUCAUCUUGACGUGAAAUCUGCAGUUCAUUUCGCCGAGUAGAUUCAGCUCUGAUCUUUAUGUUUCUCCAUCUCCGCCGUUGGUUUCUUAGCAAAUAGAAAAUCCUUACUGCCGUUUUUCAACUUUCUAAAUAAAAGUGUUUUGAUUUAAA